UGUAAUUAUUUAAACCGUUAAGUCGUCUGACAAUUGUGCUCUAAUUGAAAAUGAUUUUAAAGACAUCAAUAUUUAUUUUGACGUAUUUGUUUACGGUUACGCAAUCAGCGAAAAUAUUAGGCAUAUUUCCGAUACCAUCUAUAAGCCAUCAAGUAGUAUUUCGUAAAUUAACUCAAGAAUUAGUUAAAAGAGGACAUGAAGUUACAGUAAUAACAACAGAUCCAGCUUACCCCAAAGGAAAAGCUCCUGCUAAUCUAACAGAAAUAGAUACCCACGAUAUAUCUUAUACAAUUUGGCGACAAGUAUUACAAGAUAACUUCAAGUUUGAGCAGAAAUCAGUGCCAAAAUUUACAGAAUUUAGACAAGCGAAUCAAUUCUUCUCUUACAUUUUUCUUGGACAGCUUAAUUCACCUGAAGUGAAAGAGUUAGUAUCGAAUAAGAAUAAUAAAUUUGACGUCGUUCUAAUCGAAGCUGUCGUUCGUCCUGCGCUUGUUUAUUCGCAUAUAUUUAAAGCACCAACUAUUUUAGUUAGUUCUUUUGGUGCCAUUUUUAAUAACCAUGACGUUAUGGGUUCACCAACACAUCCUAUUUUGUAUCCGUCGACAUUGCAACAAAAAAUUUACAACUUGACUUUCUGGGAAAAGUUACACAAUCUGUAUAUACAUUUUACAUUUGAAUACGCAAACUAUUUGGGUGAAGCUGAUGAACAUGCAAUGUUCAAAAAAUAUUUUGGCCCAGAUGUGCCACCUCUUAGUAAAUUAUAUGAAAAUGUCCAUAUGUUGUUUUUAAAUAUCCAUCCUAUUUGGGCAGACAAUCAACCUGUGCCACCAGGUGUUGUGUAUAUGGGUGGUAUUCAUCAGUCACCUGAAAAAGAAUUACCAAAGGAUAUCCAGUCGUAUUUGGAUUCAUCGGAACAUGGUGUCAUAUACGUCAGCUUUGGUACAAAUGUGUUAUCAGGCAUGAUGCCCGAAGAAAUAGUAAAAAUUAUAGCAAAUGUUCUUUCCAAGUUACCUUAUAAUGUCUUGUGGAAGUGGGACAAAGAUGAACUGCCUGUAAAGUCAAAAAAUAUUAGAAUUUCUAAAUGGUUCCCACAGUCUGAUCUACUGAGGCACCCCAAAAUAAAACUAUUUGUGACUCAAGCUGGACUUCAAUCAACGGAUGAGGCUAUAACUGCUGGAGUUCCUCUAGUCGCUCUACCAAUGUUAGGAGAUCAAUGGUAUAACGCUGAAAAAUAUGAAAAACACGGAAUCGGUAUAAAUCUUCAGACUGGAACCUUAACUGAAGACAAACUCAAAAACGCUAUUGAAACAGUUAUAAACGAUGAAAGUUAUCGUCAAAAUCUUAUCAAGCUUCGUGAACUAAUGCGUGAUCAACCAGAAACUCCAUUAAAGCGAUCUGUAUGGUGGAUCGAAUAUGUAUUAAGACACGGUGGAGCGAAACAUCUCCGUGCACCAUCGGCUAAUAUUCCAUACGCUCAGUAUUUAGAAUUAGAAAUAGUAUUAUUUAUAUUGUCAAUAGUAUUUAUUGCUUUCAUGUUAUUAAUUCUAGUAAUUACAUUUUUAUUUAGAUUUAUAUCAAAAUUAUUAUUUAGAAAAAAUAAAGUAAAAACAAACUAGACUAAUCAAUUGGCAUGCGUAAUGAUGAAUGUAAAA